AUGGCUAGCGCCGUCUCAUCCCUUCAUGCCGGGUCAGGCAAUGAACGCUUCAACGCCGAAGCAGCGUCUUGGGACCGCAAUCCCUUCGUCCACAAGGCUAGCAAACAUGCCGCGGACGCCAUAAUCCCCCGGUUUCCGGCACUGAGAAGUCCACCCGGGCCUGACGGGUUGGAUGUACUGGAAAUAGGCUGCGGCACGGGGCUGCUGUCCCUCAUUCUGGCGCCCUACGUCAAACGCCUGGCCGCUGUAGAUGCCGCAGAGGGAAUGAUUGAUGUCCUAAAGACCAAGCUGGAGGGCCCAGGGACGCCUCAGAACAUUGUUCCCGUCGCUGUCCUGUUGGAGGACCCGGAGGACAGACAACUACCGCCGGCAGAUGAAAAGGAACCCGAUGGAAAGAGGCUCAAGUUCGACCUGAUUACUUCGCACUUGGUCUUACAUCACAUCCCAGACCUGAAAACGGUGCUGACGACCAUGCUCGGCUGCUUGAAGGAAGGGGGCAGCGUGGCUCUGACUGAUUUCGAGAACACGGGACCAGAAUCGAAGAGGUUCCACGCCAAAUCGAGGAUGGGCGGCGUUGAAAGACAUGGCAUCCAUCGCGACACGAUGGCAGCCUUGAUGAAUGAGGUUGGAUUCGUGAAUGUUCGGGUAGAAACGGCCUGGACCAUGGACAAAUCCGUUGAAAAGUUCGAGGGCGAGUUUGGCGACGCUGGAAGGCCGGGGGAGUUGCAAGGCGAGAUACAGCGCUUUCCCUUCGUCCUGUGUACAGGCGAAAGGAAGUUUUGUCAGUGA